AUGCCGUCGAGCCCAUUCGUCGAUUUCGCGGAUGUUGAUUCGGCCUCAAGAAGAGCACUUCGUUCCCUGCGUACUCGGUCCCUCUCUAUCCUCACAGCUCUUGCAUCUUUCAUCGAUAUUCUAUUACCACUGACUCGACCAAAUACCCACAUCUGUAUUAGCACCAUGACAGCAGUAUAUCUCCAACAUAGCGCAUCAUCCUCAUGCAUAUCAAAUGCCCACUGCGAUCCUGGUAAUGGUCCGAGACUUUCAAAAAUCGGAUGUGGAGAUGUUGAAAUUGUUGGAGGAGGUGGUAAGAGGUGUGACAUGAAGGUAUUCAUCAGAUGUAAGAUGAAGGCGGGGUUGAGUAAUAUGCCGGGCAGGAGAUAG